CAAGGCAUCAAUCAAUUCCCAUCACCGAGCAAAGAUGCAACUCAAUCUUGGAGCGAUUUUUCUGGCCCUGCUGGGAGUGAUGGCCACUAUGGCUCCGUCGGUGCUGUCAGAACCCCAUCGGCACCAGGGACCCAUUUUCGAUACGAGGCCGUCGCCCUUCAAUCCCAACCAACCUAGACCUAGACCUGGAGUUUACUAAAAAUAUGGCAAAUGCAUACCUUCUGAUGUCGUUAACACAUUGACUAAGUUAAUACAAUUAAAACGGAACUGAACAUCAAA